CGCCGCUCCUCGCGCACCUCGGCGCCGACGCCGCCUCGGCGGCGCCCGCGCCGCUGCUCGGGCUCACGGCGGGCUGGCUGCCGGCCAGGGUGCUCGAGGCGCGCAGCCCCGAGGCGCACGAGGUCCGCGUCCGCUUCCUGGGCGGGUUCGCCGACCCCUUCCGGGGCACCACGACGGACCUGGAGCUGGCGCUCCCCGCGGAGCUCGUGCGGCCAGCGGCCGCAGGGCCGCCGCCUGUGCCGUUGUUGUCCGUGCUCUGUGUGCGCUGGUGGAACUACUGGGACUACAAGUGGUGGUCCGACUACAACGUCACCAGCGCCGCGAUGCUCGGAGACCUGCUCGACGGUGCGGGCGGGCUGUGGGAGGCCCUCCAGACGCAGCACGAGGUCCACACGGUCUUCGUGCGCUCGGGCGCCGACCUGGCGCAGAUCUCCGAGAGAUGGGCGCUGGAGGCUCUCCGGGGGCAGCAGAAGUGCGCGUGGUACUUCCUCUGGCCCGUGGCGGCCUCGCCCUUCGCAGAGGCGCGCGCCGGGACCGUCUGCGAGCGGCAGUUCUUCGACCUGGCCGUCCGCAUGGAGUGCGCUGGUGUCGAGACGGGCUGGCCGCACCCCUCGCAGCUCUACCGGCUGCUGUGCGGCAAGCUGUGGGUCGCCCAGAUGUGCCUGCAGAGCGAGUGGCGCGUGCCGCCCACGGCGCAGGUGCACGUGCAGCGCUUCCGCGCGGACCCCGGCGGGGCCGUGGCGGGCGCGCUGCGCACGCUGGGGGAGCUGCAGCGCCGCGUGUGGCGGGAGGAGCCGGCGCCCGUCGAGGCCUUCCGCGGCGUGGCGAAGCUCGGGUUCAGCUGGCAGGGCCAGGACGUGGUGCCCUUCGCGGGCCCGGAGGGGCUGCGCGCCGCGCUGGGCAGGCUGUUCGGGCAGGCGGGCAGCCAGCAGGUGACGUGCCUCGUGCAGCGCAUGGUGCCCCACGUCGUGUGCGAGCAGCGCGUGCUGGCGGUGUGGGACGCCGCCGCCGGGCGCUUCGCGCAGCAGAGGGUCUACCUGCGGCUCUUCCCCGCGGACGACAGGCGCAGCAAGAGCACCGUCGAUGGCUUCGCGCUCUGA